UGUCACUGUUUCAAUGGCUGACCAAACCAAUAAACCACUUCUUGUAUCAUAUUCAUAUGCAUUGUCUUCCUUCUCCAUUCUUCUUCUUCUUCCCCCUGUUUCGCUUGCUUGAUCAUCAUGAACAACACGAGUGACACGACUGGUUUUCUUGGCUCGAACAACAUUGGAGGAUUCGGCUACGGCAUUGGUCUAUCAGUUGGCCUCCUUCUUCUCAUCACGACCAUCACCCUUGCUUCCUACUUCUGCACCAGAACUCCCCCACCGGCGCACCCUGCAACGCGGAGGGUCAGCGCGCUCGACCCUCCUGACCUGCAGAGCUUUGUUGUAGAUAUAGGACUCGAUGACAACACUAUCAAGAGCUACCCCAAGAUGCUCUACUCCGAGGCCAAGCUACAGAAGACAGACUCCACUGCUUCCUGCUGCUCUAUAUGUUUAGCAGAUUACAAGGCCACCGAUACACUCCGGUUACUUCCAGACUGUGAACAUCUCUUUCAUCAAAAGUGUGUUGAUCCAUGGUUGAGGCUUCAUCCUACCUGUCCGGUAUGCAGAACAUCUCCGCUUCCGACGCCCUUGUCGACGCCUCUAGCUGAGGUGGUGCCAUUGGCAAGCAGAAGAGACUGAUUGAAGAAGUGAUUUUGCAUCGUAGAUUUUAUUUUGGGGUCUUCUUGCAUCAUAUGUACACAGAAAUAGAGUUUCCAACUAUUGAUGGAACUUUUCCAUAGUGAAAUUCUUAAUUAUA